GAACCAAUCGUCGUACUUGGGCACGCCUCACGGAUAUCCACCGCCAAUGGCGGUGGCCGAGUGGAUAAGAGACAUAAAGAUAAGCUCUCUCGGUGGGAGGGCGUAUGAAGGAGCACAUCAGAGAGUCUCUCGUGUGCCCCUCUCCACGCGCGGCUGUACCCACCCGAGAGAGAGUGGAAGCCCUUCUCUCACACGCAAAAGGGGACAUCUCAUCACGACUCUUGGUAGCAGGCACUUCUCCGUAGUGGGCACUCCACUCAUCGUGUCGUCGUACGGGUUCUCCGCGAGAGCCUGUGGAGCCUCCGCUCUCGGGUCGGGUGAGCGUGCGAGCGAGCGAGUGAGCAAGCAAGCGACCGACCGACCGAACGAACGACCGACCGAGUGAGUGAGCGAGCAAGCAAGCAAGCAGCAGCAGCAGCAGCAAGCGACCGAGCGACCGAGCUCGAACGGCCGAGCGCGCCGGUCGAGUGGGUCUAAGCGGCCGUGAGGACCUCUCCAGGAGUACCCGACAGUCCUCUCCAUUCAUUCAUUCAUCCAUCCACCCAUCCAUCCAUCCAUCCAUUUAUCCAUCCAUCCAUCCAUCCAUCCAACCAUCUAUUUGAGGAAGCAAGCAAGUAAACAACUGAGCGCGCGAACGAACCAGCCAUCUAGUCAACCAGCUAGCCAACCAUCUCGCUAACGAGGGCCAACGAACAAAGUGUCAAGGCAAGACGAGGCGAAAGCCGGCUCAAGCCGGGCUAAGAAGCCGAGUCGAGCCACACCAGCGAAAGUCUUUCAAUCCAUCCAUCCAUCCAUCUAAUCAGCCAGCCAUUCUUCAGUCAUCUAUCCAUCCAUAGAUUCGCUCCUUUCCUAACGAGAAGGAAGGUGGAGGUAAAGAGCAGAGUGGUGUACAUCUACGGAGGGUCGAAGGACUCGAAGAGGACCGCGAGUGAUUUCAGUCGGUCGGCGGCCGGCCUCGCCGGCCACUCUGCUCCCUCCUCGGCCGCCGACCGUCGCGUUCCAUCGCGUUACGUCGCGAGUGAGUGUUGAGUGCUCGAGUUAUCGUUACACUUUGCCAUCCGUCGUUUGGAAAUACGAUAACGACGACGACGACGAYAACGACAACAACGACGACAUGGCGACGGUGAGAAGAAACGAUCGUUUGACGAUCGGUCCGCGGGCUAACAUUUUAUUAUCACCUUGGUCGUCUAUGUCGUCGUUAAGGUGAACAUCGUGUCAAGGUGAACGCCAUCGUGAAUGCAUAAAAGAAAAAAAUGUGCCAAGUGUCGAGUCGAAGAGUCAGUGAGUGACACCAUAAACGUGUUUUUACGUCCGCGAAAAUUUUCGGCCACGAGGAUUACCGCGAGGAUUACCGCGAGGAUUACCGCGAGGAUUACCGCGAGGAUUACCGCCUCCGAGGUGAGCCGCUGCCCGCUGGCGAGCGUGGCGGCAGCUACGGUACCGUCGCGAUAGAUCGCUAUCCAUCCUCCGCUUCCUCCUCCUCCGCUUCCUCUUCCUCCUAUUACUACUCCUCAUGUCGCGCCGUUUUCGCGACUAGCACCGGCCUCACGAUUCCGCGAAGCACGAGCUUCAAGUAUUUCGACGGCGUUGGGCUCGCCGAGAUGAGCGGUGGCAGCGGCGGCGGCGGUGGAGCUAGCGGUGCCAGCGGAAACGGCGCCGGUAAUCAGGCGAGCGGAAAUGCAACUACCUAUCAUCAACAUCAACAACAGCAACAACAACAACAACAACAACAGCAACAACAGCAACAGCAGCAACAACAACAACAACAGCAACAACAGCAACAACAAACGCAGCUAGAGCAGGCGAGCCUCCUGCCGGAUUUAAACAGCAUCGAUUUAGCUAUAAGCCUUUCCCCAAAGCAACACUCGUCGCACGUGCAAGCCGGGGGCGGCGCUCACACGACACCGUUCAGCGUGACCGACAUCCUCUCGCCGAUGGAGGAGUCCUAUAGAAAGUUCGAUCUCGUAGCAGCAGCCGCGGCAGUUGGAGUCGGCGUCGGCGUUGGAGUAGGCGUCGUUAGCCACCCCCAGGGCUCACCGUACGGUAACGCCUGCGGCGCGAGGGUCGCCGGUAACACCGGAAGUUCAAGCGCGAGCAGCGGGAGUCCGCCGCUUCACGGCGGCUCGACGCCCGGUGGUAGCACGCCCGGUCCUGUUACCGGGAGCGCCGGGAACGGUAGCGCCGGUACCGCCGGCACCGCCGGAACUGCCGCCGGUGCCGGAGCCGGAGGUGCGGUUGGUGGAAGUGCUGUUGGUACAGCGGGUAUGACCGCCAUGGGUAAUCCUUACGCCACGAUGCAGCUCACCUCGCAAUAUCAGUAUUGUACUGCCGAACUUUCUCCGUACCAUCAUGCCGGACCCACCGUAGCCGGUACUGCCACCGUUGCCGAUCCUAUAAGAUCUCAUGCCGUUUCGACUCAUCAUCAUCCUUGGUACGCCCCAGCACCGCCGGCCACCAACGAUCCCCGUUUUGCCAUCUCGCGGCUAAUGGGCGCUGCGGCGGCGGGCGCCGGGGCCAAUGUGGCCGGGUGCUCGGUGGGCCAGUCGAUGGGCGACGUUACCAAAUCCUCUGGCAUGGGCGUUGGCGUUGGGGUCGGAAUGAACGUUGGUAUGGGCGUCGGUACGAUGCAAUUUCCCCUUGCCCAGAGACGGAAGCGUCGAGUUCUCUUCACCCAGGCCCAGGUCUACGAGCUCGAAAGGCGCUUCAAGCAGCAAAAGUACCUAAGCGCGCCCGAAAGGGAGCAUCUUGCUUCCCUCAUUCAUCUCUCGCCAACGCAGGUUAAAAUCUGGUUUCAAAAUCAUCGGUACAAAUGUAAGAGACAAGCCAAAGAAAAGGCGAUGGCCGAACAGAAUCAGAAUCAGAGUGCGAGCUCGCCACGGCGGGUAGCGGUACCGGUACUGGUGAAGGACGGGAAGCCCUGCGGGAGCGGUGGCGGGGGCGGCAACGAGGGUAGCCGCGGAGGGCCUAGCGCCGCCCUAGCGAGCCCCGCACCCCACAUGACGGCGGCCUCCAGUCCCCACGGCUCGCACCACGCCGCCUCCUCCUCGGUGUCGCAUCACUCAGUAGUGGGGGUGAGUCACGUGAUGACCUCCAGCCAGAGCCUCCAGCAUUGCUCUUACACGCGGACGGGAGCCCAGCAGAGCAUGCAACAGCAACAGCAACCGCAGUGCGGCGCUUAUCUGCCCUUGCAGAGCCGGGCUUGGUAGUGCGCGCCAUCCGCGGCGGGGGCCGCGGCCUACGCCAAUCCCUCCGUUACGGGCCCAUGGACCCUCGCCGCGGAUACUGCAGCUGCCUGGUACUCCAUUCCUGACGACAGCAACUAAAAAAAGAAGGAACAACGGACCGCGAACUAUCGAUUUUCUUCUAAUAUCGAUCUAUCCAUUCCCGAUCGACGUCAUUUUUUAUCCAACAGUCUGCUAUGACCUCUUCUUUACAGACUUAUUAUAUACGAUAUAUAUGCAUAUAUAUGCGUACAUAAUGUAACAUACGUAUAUGUAUAUACGAUUUUCGCGGGCUGCCCUUCUUCAAUGGACUUUUGCAAAGAUCUUGCCUUGUCGACAUUUUCGGGAAUGAUCUACGAACGGAGGAAUGUGCGCGAAUUAUUUCUACUCGGACGUUCUAAUCGCAUAUGUGUGAUUUUAGUGAAAAAUAAAGAGAAAACGCCGAAGUAUUGAAAAAAAAAACGCGCGAGUGAAUGAACUUAAAAAAGAAAAAACAAAAUAGAAUAUGUAACAAUCCUUUUUUCCUUACAUUACGCCUACACCUGCUAAUGGUUUUACGUGCGUCAUCGCAAAAAAGUUCGAUCGAACGGCAAUCUCGUUAGAAGGGUCUUUAUCGAUCGAUCGUUCGUCGAUUAUGUGAGAUAAACGCUGAUUAUUACGAGCCAAGUGUAAAUUUCGCUUAUUGUUAGAUGCGAAUGCAAGUAACAACACCGGCCCACAUCGUUUUUACGCGAACGUCACUAAAAAAAAAGAGAUAACUUCAUAACUAAAAUUGACUUUGUUAAAUGGCCGAUAGAAGGACCUACUAUUAAUUUUUAAGCGUCUAUCAUUUAGCCGUUAAUUAAUUAGUUUUUCGAUCCUUUCCUUUUAAAUCGAAGAUGUUGGUAAACAAAGUGCUCGGCGCUAAAUUUUUAAACAAUAUUUUUUUUUUUCUUUCUUUCUUUCUUUUAACGAGAAAGAGGAAAGAACAAGAAAAAGA